CCUCGCGCUGUCACAGAGAGCUCGGCUGCUCGUCGUCGACUCCACGGAGCACGCAAGCUCAUCGUCCCUCCGCCAUGGCGAGCUCAUCGUCCGACCCCGACAAGCUCAUGGCCAAGGCCGACAAGCUAACAAAAUUGAGCUUCACAAGGUGGAAUGCCGAUUGGAAGAGUGCUACCUCCUUGUAUGAGCAAGCUGCUAUUGCUUAUAGGUUCAGAAAGGACAAUGAGAAAGCAAAGGAUGCCUUUGAGAAGGCUUCAAAAGGACAAGAAAUGAUUUCCUCACCCUGGGAUGCUGCUAAACACAUGGAAUCUGCUGGUGCUUUAGCAAAAGAGCUUGCACGUUGGAAUGAAGUUUCUGACUUUCAUCGCAGAGCGUCUGAAUUGUAUCGCGAAUGUGGAAGAUCACAACCAGCCUCUGAUGCUCUUGCAAAGGGUGCCAGUUUCUUGGAGGAUAACACUCCAGAAGAAGCAAUAAAAAUGUAUGAUGAGGCAUGUACUGUUCUAGAAGAGGAUGGAAAAGAACAGAUGGCUUUCGACUUGUAUCGUGCUGCUGCGAGUUUAUAUGUCAAGCUCGAGAAGUAUUCAGAUGCUGCAGCAACUUUUCUAAGACUUGGUUCAGCUGCUGAUAAGUGCAAUGCUAUCAAUAGCCAGUGCAAGGGCUAUUUGAGCGCAAUCAUCGUCUACCUUUAUGCCCAUGAUUUUCAACAAGCUCAGAAAUGCUACAAUGACUGCUCAGAGGUUCCAGCCUUCCUUAGUAGUGACCAGAAUCGAUGUGCAAUGAAACUGUUAUCUGCUUAUGAGGAAGCCGAUGCGGAAGAAAUUAAACGGGCUGCCCAAUCAAGUGCCAUCAAUCACCUCGACCAUGUGGUAAUUCGACUUGCAAGGAAACUACCGACAGGUGAUCUGCAGACCAUCAAGAAAUUGGCGGCCGAUGACGGGGAGGAUUCUUUGGACGAGAAUGACCUAACUUAAUACCAAACUACCCUUCCUGGGAGGGGAGAUGGGGGCUGAGAAAGCAAAUAUUUGAGGUUGAGUCAUGUUACCGUUUAUGAACAGGAGCCACUGUAAAAAAAGAAAGAUAGCGAUCUACACGGCAAAACUUAUGUGAGGCAGUAUGUAUCUUGAUAUUUGUCAUGUUCAACUGUGAUGUCCGAUUUGUGCACAUACAUCCCUACAUUGUUGAUUUGUUCUU